CUGUGACAUUAGUUGAGGAAGCACAUGAACGAACGAAAAUCAUCGUAAGAAACCGAAUUGAAAAUUCGUGUAAACAUUUAAAGUUCAUUUGAUUCAGUUCACAUUCACAAAUUUAAGAUUUAUAUAAGUAACUUUUUAGCUAUCCAGCCCGUGACAUCACGGGCAUUUCGAAUUUUAUGAUACUUUAUCAUGGGUGAAGUUACGAUGCAAACUGUAGCUUACGCUAAAAUCAUUCUCCAUGCUGCGAAAUAUCCUCAUUGCGCUGUUAACGGUAUCCUUUUAGCCGAUGGUACCAAAAUAAAAGAAGGUGCUAAAAAUCAGGACCUAGAUAUCGUCGAUUCCAUUCCAUUAUUCCACCACAGCCACUAUGUUUCACCUAUGGCUGAGGUAGCUCUUACUCAGAUCGAAACUAUGGCGCAAGCAGAUAAUCGCAUCAUUGCUGGUUUCUAUGCAGCAUGCGAAAACUAUAGAGAUAAUACUGUAGAUAAAUGCCCUGGGCAAAAAAUUGCUGAGAAGAUUGCAGAAUACUUUCCAUCUGCUGUGUUUAUUGUGGUUGAUAACAAAAGAAUUGUUCAACACCUGGACACGCCAGCUUUAAAAUUGCAUAAACAUGCCGAGGGGAAAUGGAAACCAAAAGAAAUCAAUAAGCACAUCUUCCUACGUAAGUCUUUAGUGGCCAAGUUUUUUACCUUUCAUAUUGAUAUGUUUUUUUUUGGUAGGUUCAAUAAUGAAUAUCUAUACAUAAAAAGUUUUUGUGGUACUGUUGGCAUAAUAAAGUUUAAGUGUGUAAUUUUUUUUUCCAGCGGAUCCAUAUGCCUUAGAAACUACAUCAAUGUUCCUUCAGAAAUAUCAUUUUGUAGAUCUUAUUGACUUUGACAAUUAUCUGGAUGAUGUUUCCCAAGAUUGGACCAAUCUUGAGAUCAAAAAUUUAAUAGACACCACAAAAAAAUCAGGUAUGCAAGAAGUGCAGCAGUAAAAACUGUCAGUAAUUAGUACUAUAAUAUUUAGUGAGUAAUGAACCCUUU